CAAAUCCUUUAACAGCAGCUCUUAAAGUAUGACGCCGGGCAUUAAUGUGCCGAGUGCGAGCAGAUCAGAGACGGCCAUUAUAUGAUUGCAGUUAAUGGAGUCGGCAUAAAAAAUAAAAAACACAGAGCAAACAUAACGUGGCCAGCGGCGCUGACCACAGUUAAACCAUCACAGCUCAGUGUUUCUGAACAUCCGCUUUUAUUUGUUAAGGAAGAUGAGUCAUCGUCAGCCUCGCUGCAGUGAUAUCCCAAUGUUUGUUUUUCUUAUUUAUUUCUUUUUUAAGUAACACACAACUCAUCACUUAUCCAGUGAUUUUAAACACUUUCUUUUAGUAGUCACUGUUUAGAACGCCUUAGGACAGGCACGUCCAAUCAUGGCCCUCGGUCAGACCCACAGCAUCACUUUUAUAAUGUAUUAUAGAAUAUUAUCAGGGUCAGAGUAGGACAGAGUAAUCGGCCCCAGUCACUUGUCCCUAGUGAGGCUGGUAAGGAGUUGUUAUUAUUAUGUUAUUUGACUUUGGUUUGCGCCUCUGAUUCCUGAUUCUGCUUCCUGGCUCCAAUUUCCAGCUCCGGUUCCCGGCUCCGAUUCUGAUUCCCGGCUCCAAUUCCCGGUUCCGGUUCCCGCCUCCGAUUCCCAUCUCUGAUUCCCAUCUCCGAUUCUGAUUUCUGGCUCCGAUUCUGAUUCUCGGCUCCGGCUCCGGUUCCCGUCUCCGAUACCCAUCUCCGAUUCUGAUUCCUGGCUCUGGUUCCCGCCUCUGAUUCUGAUUCCCGGGUCCAAUUCCCACCUCCAAUUCCCAUCUCCGAUUUCGGCUCCAAUUCCCAAUUCGUCAAGACUAAAAAAAGGCGCUAUAUACUGACUGACCGACAAUGGCAGAGGGCUCCAGAGACCAGGGAGGCGUGGGCACCACUGAUCCUGAGGAGGACUCCCCCAAUAUGAUCGUCUACAGAAAGAUUGAAGACAUUGUUACGCGAAUACAAGAUGAGAAAGCGGGAGGCGUCGCCAUCCGGACCGUCAAAAGCUUCCUCUCCAAGAUCCCCAGUGUGGUAUCAGGGGCAGACAUUGUUCAGUGGUUGAUGAAAAACCUCUCCGUUGAGGACCCAGCUGAAGCCAUCCACCUUGGGAGUCUGGUCGCGGCACACGGCUACAUAUUCCCCAUCUCUGACCACGUCCUGACACUGAAAGACGACGGGACCCUUUAUCGCUUUCAGUCUCCAUACUUCUGGCCUUCAAACUGUUGGGAGCCUGAGAAUACAGACUAUGCCAUUUACCUGUGCAAGCGCACCAUGCAGAAUAAAGCUCGCCUUGAACUGGCUGAUUAUGAGGCCGAGAACCUCGCCCGGCUGCAGAGAGCCUUCGCCCGGAAGUGGGAAUUCAUCUUUAUGCAAGCUGAGGCUCAAGUGAAAAUAGACAGAAAGAAGGACAAGGCGGAGAGGAAGAUCCUGGACAGCCAGGAGAGGGCCUUCUGGGAUGUCCAUCGGCCAGUGCCGGGCUGUGUCAACACCACGGAGAUGGACAUACGCAAGUGCAGAAGAGAGAGGAACCCACACCGGGUGAAAAAGUCGGUGUACGGAGUACCGGAUGAUGGCCAGAGUCAGCCGAGCCCCAUCCACAGCAGCUCUCAGCCCAGGAAGCCCACCAAAGAGGACGUACAGAAGGAGAUUACCUUCUUGAACAUCCAGCUGGACAGACACUGUAUGAAGGUCUCCAAAGUAGCCGACAGUCUCAUGAGCUACACGGAGCAGUUUAUGGAGUACGACCCUUUUGUGUCGGCCACAGAUCCAUCCAACCCCUGGAUAGGUGACGACACGUCCUUCUGGGACUUAGAGGCAAGUCGUGAGCCCAGUCAGCAGCGUGUGAAGAGAUGGGGCUUCUCUCUGGAGGAGGCGUUGAAGGACCCUGUGGGACGUGACCAGUUCCUGAAGUUCCUGGAGUCAGAGUUCAGCUCAGAGAACCUGAGGUUCUGGUUGGCGGUGCAGGAUCUGAAGCGACGGCCGCUCCAGGACGUGUCCGCCAGGGCGCAGGAGAUCUGGCAGGAGUUUCUGGCCGAGGGAGCGCCAAGCUCCAUCAACCUGGACUCUCACAGCUACGAGCGCACCAGCCAGAACCUUAAAGACCCGGGAAGAUACAGCUACGAGGACGCACAGGAGCACAUCUUCCAACUAAUGAAAAGUGACAGCUAUGCACGCUUUUUGCGAUCCAACAUCUACCAGGACCUCCUGUUUGCCAGAAAGAAGGUUGUCAACUUCUUUUUAACCUUUGAUGACCUUUCAGUUUUGACAGUGGUGGGAAACCCCGUGGCGAUAUGUGGACUAUGA